AUGUUUGAAAAAGUGUGAAGGGACGUGGAGAAAAAGGAGAACAAACUUUCGAGUGCUUUAUAAAAAAAAAACAAGAGAGUAAGCAGCACACUUUCCAAGAUCUCACUCUCUCUCUCUCACUCCACUGUUUCGCAGAGAAGAGAGAUUACUAUACAGUCGCCAGCCAAGAAGAUUCUCUCCCUAAACCUCAUUUCCAAGACUUUGUAGAAAAAAUGGAGACUUUGAGUAAGGCUUUAUGUCUUCUCCUGCUGUUCUGUACCCUGGCCGCUGCUGAUACUGGGGGUGCUCCAAAGUACAAAGACCCAAAGCAGCCUUUGGGUGCAAGAAUCAGGGACCUGAUGAACCGUAUGACUCUCCAAGAGAAGAUUGGUCAGAUGGUUCAGAUCGAACGCACCGUCGCCACUCCUGAUGUCAUGAAGAACUACUUCAUUGGGAGUGUGUUGAGCGGUGGAGGAAGUGUGCCUGCACCAAAGGCCACACCUGAAGCUUGGGUGAACAUGGUCAAUGAGAUUCAAAAGGCUGCUCUUUCCACCCGCCUUGGGAUCCCCAUGAUCUAUGGGAUUGAUGCUGUCCACGGUCACAACAACGUGUACGGCGCCACCAUUUUCCCUCACAAUGUAGGCCUUGGAGUCACCAGGGAUCCUAUGCUUCUUAAGAGGAUUGGGGAAGCAACAGCACUUGAAGUUAGAGCGACUGGAAUCCCAUAUGCCUUUGCUCCCUGCAUUGCAGUUUGUAGGGAUCCGAGAUGGGGAAGAUGCUACGAGAGCUAUAGUGAGGAUUAUAGAAUAGUCCAGGAGAUGACUGAGAUUAUAACCGGUUUGCAAGGUGACCUCCCUACCGAGCGAAGAGGUGUUCCCUUUGUCGGUGGAAAAUCAAAAGUUGCGGCUUGUGCUAAGCAUUUUGUGGGAGAUGGAGGUACAGUGAGAGGGAUAGAUGAGAACAACACUGUGAUUGACUCAAAUGGCCUAUACGGAAUUCACAUGCCUGGUUAUUACAAGGCUAUAAACAAGGGUGUUGCAACGGUUAUGGUGUCAUACUCUGCCUUGAACGAUUUGAGAAUGCAUGCUAACAAGGAACUCGUCACUGGUUUCCUCAAGGACAAGUUGAAGUUCAGAGGUUUUGUUAUUUCGGAUUGGCAGGGGAUUGAUAGGAUCACGAAUCCUCCUCAUCUUAACUAUUCAUACUCCGUUUACGCUGGAAUCAGCGCUGGAAUCGACAUGAUCAUGGUGCCAUACAACUACACAGAGUUUAUAGAUGAAAUCAACAGCCAGAUAAAGAGUAAUCUGAUCCCUAUGAGCAGGAUUGAUGACGCUGUGAAGAGAAUCUUAAGGGUCAAAUUCACAAUGGGACUCUUUGAGGAGCCACUUGCUGAUCUCACCUUUGCCAACCAACUUGGUAGCAAGGAACACAGGGAGCUAGCUCGUGAAGCCGUGAGGAAAUCUCUAGUGCUGCUCAAGAAUGGUAAGAAAGGAGAUAAACCGUUGCUUCCUCUCCCUAAGAAGACGGGAAAGAUCCUUGUGGCGGGAACACACGCUGAUAACUUGGGGUAUCAAUGUGGUGGCUGGACCAUCACUUGGCAAGGCCUUGACGGCAACGACCUCACCAUUGGUACAACGAUCCUUGCGGCUGUGAAGAAUACAGUGGCUCCAACCACACAAGUCGUCUACAACCAAAACCCCGAUGCAAACUUCGUCAAGUCUGGUGAAUUUGACUACGCCGUUGUGGUCGUGGGUGAGCCGCCUUAUGCUGAGAUGUAUGGGGACAGCACAAACCUGACCAUAAGUGAACCUGGUCCGAGCACGAUAGGGAACGUGUGCGGAGGAGUGAAGUGUGUGGUGGUUGUUGUCUCUGGGCGUCCCGUGGUGAUGGAGCCUUAUGUCUCGACCAUUGAUGCCCUUGUGGCAGCUUGGCUUCCGGGGACGGAAGGUCAAGGGGUUGCUGAUGCUCUGUUUGGUGAUUAUGGGUUCACUGGAAAGUUGGCUCGGACAUGGUUUAAGUCGGUGGAGCAGUUGCCGAUGAAUGUUGGCGACCAGCACUACGACCCGUUGUACCCGUUCGGUUUUGGGUUGACCACACAACCAUCCAAGUUGUAGGCUUGUCUUGUUCCGAAGCAAUAAGUUUAGUUAUUCAACUGAUCACAUUUGAGUUUGUAUAACUUGAGAAGCAGACCACGGCAGAAAGAUUUGGAGCCUGUCUCAACUUUUGAGUUUAUAUUCUAUUCAAAGCUUUAAGAAUA